AUGUGCCGACGACGGAGAUGUUUCCAAAAUGAAAAAAGUUUUGAAAAAGAUGAAGAUUGUGGUAUCAAACCAACAGAACACACCUACGUUUCUGUCCUAAGUUGCUACAGUGUUGCUCAACAAGUGAAAGGAAAUAGUAAUCUCACAAAAGAACAAAAUCAAAAUAUUGUUGACGCCUUAGCAGUUUUCGAAAAGAUGAAAGAAAGUAAUUUACCUGUGAAUAACUAUUCAAUGAAUGCAUUGCUUGGAGUUUUUACAAACGCACUUCGGAUUACACGAGCAGAAGAAUUCUUUGCAAGGACCUACCAAGAGCAUCAACUCGUUCCAGACAGUAUUUCCUAUGCACUGUUAGUGAGGAUGUAUUGUAGGGCGAAACGAACAGAAAAAGCAAUGGCUCUUUUUGAUGAAAUGAAAGAAAAAGGAAUAAUACCCACAUACCAAGCAUACAAGCACAUGGUGUUCAAGCUCGUCGAUGAAGGUUAUGUUGAAAAAGCACGUGAUUAUUUACGACAAAUGUUCGAAGUUGGUGGUUUCAAGUUAUCACCAAGUGACAUUAUCAAAUACAAGAGCCGAGUUGCAGGUGCUGCUCGAUUGAUUAAGGAACGAAAACAAGAAGAGAAUGUUGA